AUGAGUCAGAUAACCUUGUUUCAAAACCGUUUUCCGAUUCUUGAAAAACACAGCAGUAUACCUGAAAGUAUGCGGAGUAUUAACGACUUACCUGACGAAUUGCUAGCAGAAAUUCUCAAACUGCUUCCUGUAAAAUAUAUCUUGCGGUGCAGGGGCGUCCAGAAGUCGUGGUAUUAUCUCGUAGGAUCGGAGAUGUUUAUCUCACUUCAGUUAAAUUAUCAGAAGAUUCGUAAUGAUCAUUAUCCUAAAUAUCUGUUUUUCGAGAAUUCCUAUACGGAUGUGUUAACACUACGGUAUGAUGAUGUGCAAUGUGAAGAAUACUGCAGGCCAAAAUAUCCUCCGGGAUUGACUGACAAGUCUGCCUGGCGUGCAGUAUCGUAUGGUUUAAUCUGUGUGUCAACUAUGAUUUUUGAGUUUCAUGAAUCUACUAAGGAAAUAUAUCUGUGGAAUCCUCUUGUUGAAAAAUACAAAACUCUUCCAGAUUCUCCUCUUUUAAAUAUAGAGACUCGGUGGAACACUUUAGCUUUUGGGUUUGUACCAGAAAUUAAUGAUUAUGUUGUGGUACAUGUUGUCAAACCUCGUUUGCAUUUGGGACGCGGUGAACCUGACCCCCACUCGGUCAUCAUUGCUGUUUAUAGCCUCAACACUAAUUCCUGGAAGAAAAUAUGCCAUGAUAAGGUUUUUGUUCGUCACAUUAACUGGUUUGACGUUGUUUUCAUUAAUGGUGCCGCAUUUUGGGCCGGGAUUAAAUGGGACAGGCGCAAAAUAAUUUUGUGCUACGAUACCAAGACCGAAAAACUUCGUGAAAUCUCAUUGCCUUCAUAUAGUCCCGGUGAUCACAUUAUUCACACUAUUCAUCAACUUGGUCAAUCUAUUGCUUACUUUGUCUGGGACAAACGAUAUGAUUAUUUUGAUAUGUGGGUAUUAAAAUUCUAUUCCAUAGAUGAAUUUUCUUGGGAGAAGAAGAUGAGUAUUCGUCCAAAUAAAGAUAUUCGUGUGGAAGUCAUGGGUGUAAGGAACAAUGGUGAACCAAUUCUUGCAAGAUCAUUUAACUUGAUUACAUAUAAUCUUGAUAACCACAUGGCAAAGAAUUUCGUUGAUUCAUGGGAUAGUUGGACUCCUUAUCCAUAUUAUGAGGAAGACUUUGCACCACCCUUUUUCAUUAGGCCUUUUGUGGAGAGUCUCGUCUUACUUAAUAUUGAUUGA